AUGCCUCGCUCCGCUUCCCCUGAUCCCGGCCACCAAGAGGCCGGAUACAAGGCAGCCCUAAACAACCCCCGCGUUGGAGAAUCCGCUAAGCAACAUGCACGCCAGGUGCUCGAGGACCAGUUCGGAGAUACCGUAUUCGAACAACAAAUGCCUGAAGGUGGACGAUCAAGGGCACCCCCUGACGAGACUGUUGAGGGUAGUAAAGGGGGUCAAAGAAACAAGAAUAAUGUCAUGAGAGGAUUGAAGGCAGCAAUGCACAACCAGACCAAUACUGAUCAAGGUAGAGAGUCGGCUCGUCACAAAUUGGAGGAUCUAGGUCAGAAUCCGGAGGAGUAA